GCUAAGUUAUCCUUCACCUAUAUAUUCACACAAUAAACCAAAAGCAACACUUACUUAAAAUGCACAUUCUCCUAAAACUCCUUUUUUGGUUAAGCAUUCUCAUCAUCAAUAUGGCAUCUUCUUCUUCUGUCUCAUCAGAUAGCAAACAGCAAGGAUUUGUUUGUGGUAUUGAUGAUAAUAAUUCCGUUCAUGAAAAUGUUCUUCAGAAACAUGCUGCUUUCUUUGAUAUCAAUAAAGAUGGUGUUAUUUAUCCAUGGGAGACUUUCCAAGCAAUGCGUCAAAUUGGAAGUGGGGUGUUGUUAUCAACUGCAGCUGCUGCUUUCAUAAAUGUGGCCCUCAGUCAGUCUACUCGCCCUGGAAAGUUCCCCUCUCUACUUUUUCCUAUUGAAGUUAAGAAUAUCCAACUAGGCAAACAUGGCAGUGACACUGGAGCUUAUGAUACUGAAGGAAGGUUUGUUGAAUCAAAAUUUGAAGAAAUUUUCAUCAAACAUGCACAUACACAUCCAAAUGCUUUAACACAUGACGAGCUCGACGAGUUGAUUAAGGGAAACCGAGAGCCUAAAGAUAUCAAAGGAAGGAUUGGGGGCUUUGUUGAAUGGAAAAUUCUUUACAAACUUGCGAAAGACAAGAAUGGUUUUAUCCGUGGCGUUUAUGAUGGAAGCUUGUUUGAAGUGCUCAAAAACGAACAUACAAAAAGAAGUAGUUCAUCCUAAUUAUAAUUUAUUGAUAUUCACGCAAAAGGCAAAAGGAAAAAGUAUAUCAAUUCGUUUUUAGUUUCAAUGUCCAUUUAUUUGUGAAGUAAUAUGUUUUACUCAUGAUCUAUCAUGUUGUAGAGUAUACAUAUCGAAAUGACGAUUUAUAUAAAGUCCAUGAGUGUUUUUGUA